UCUAUGAUCUAUACUACUAUAAAACUAUAUUUAGUGUAUUUUCUUUUAAUGUUAUUGAAAUUAAAUGAAAUUAAUUUGAAUUAAUUAAUUACAAUUAAAAUCAUAGCUAUUAACUAUUUAAUUUUAAGGGACCCUGAAGCUGCAGUUGAUGUCACUUUUUGCAUGGUUGAAAGAAACAUGUACAAAUGGCGUGAAAGAACAUUACCUCCAUUGCCUCCUGUUCCGCAGUCUGUGCAACAAUUGUCCGAUAUUUUAAAUUCAGAAGAAUACAAUGAAUGGACACGAUUUAAUGGGGGAUCUUUUACAGUAUCACCAAUUACUGAUAAUAACCAGUUUACUUCAGUAAUUUUUAUAGAUGUCCCGUUUGCCAGAGAAAUAAUUGCGAAUAAUGAUGUUCUUUAUUGUGAUGCUACAUACAAAGUCAAACCUACGAUCACGGAUGCAUACCAGCUGCUAACAUUUAUGAUAAAAUUCAACCAUGGGUUUCCAAUCAGCUAUGCAUUAAUGGAGAGUAAAAGCCAAUCAGCUUAUGAAACAGUUUUGACAGAGGUACGAAGGGUCCUUCCGCAAUUAAACGUUACAGCGGUCAUGACAGAUUUCGAAAUUGCACUACAAAACGCAAUACAAGAACAUUUCCCUGAAUCUGAAGCACGUAGGUGUUUCUUUCAUUAUAUUAAGAAAAACUAAAAGACUUUCAAAGUGGCUUGAGGUAUGAUUAUAAAUCAUUGUCUGAAGGCAAACGAAUAACAAGGCCGGAAAAAAAGAUUACGUUGAUGAGAGACGAAUUCGUUAUUCGUCAGUGGAACGAUUUGGAUGAACAACAUCCGCCCACUGGAUUAGAAUUUGUUAAUCGCAUUGUAGAGUUUAAUGCAAAUCCAAUCGACGAAUAUAUAAAUCUAUUUGCACUUUAAUCUCUUUUCAAAUUCUAGACGUCGAAUUACGCUCUUUUUGUUUAAUUAUGUAUUGAAUUUGCAGUUAAACUGUGUCAUGUUAUUAAACAAAACAAAAUAAGUUUGAAAGGCUAAGUUUACGCGUGUAACUCCUUAACAUUUACUCUUUACAUACAAAAAAUCAUUAUAAUAAUCAUCUUCCAAUCAUUUCACUUAUUGUAUAAAAAAGAAAAUGUACUUUUGUUAAAUUGUUAAAUAAAAUUUAAUAACAAAAUUUGCAUUCCUAAUUUGUUCAAAUUAUGCUCAUGUUUGA